AUGUCGGGAGGCUGGAACACUAUCGAGUCAGACGCUGGCGUCUUCACAUAUCUGCUAGAGAAUCUCGGUGUCAAGAACGUUCAAUUCGAGGAGCUCAUCUCAUUAGAUGCACAAUCACUGGGCCAGCUCUCACCGUUAGGAGUCAUCUUCCUCUUCAAGUACAACAAUGAAGGUCGCAAAUCAGACGGUCCUCUAGAUGGACAAUUCGACUUCGAAGCAACAUACAACCUGGACGAUGCUGGCAGCGGAGGCGAUGGCAAGGGCAAGGUGUGGUUCGCUGCUCAGACGAUUCAGAAUGCCUGUGGUACACAAGCGCUGCUCAGCGUCUUGAUGAACAAGGACAAUGCCGAUGGCGUCGAGUUGGGUCCUCAUCUGACGGACUUCAAGGACUUCACCGCCGCUUUCCCACCAGACAUUCGUGGCGAAGCUCUCAGCAAUAGCGACCUCAUCCGCGAUACACACAACUCAUUCGCCCGCAGCUCGCCGUUCGUGUCAGACGAGACUCGCAUGGCCACCCAGGACGACGACCUCUUCCACUUCAUCGCAUACACCAGCAUAAAUGGCAAGCUCUACGAACUCGACGGUCUCCAAGAAGCUCCAAUCAACCACGGCCCCUGUACUCCUACAGAUUUUGCCGAGAAGGUCAUCCCCGUCCUCCAACGCCGCAUCGAAAGAUACCCCUCCAACGAGAUCCGGUUCAACCUUCUGGCAAUGUGUCAAGAUCUACGCGCAAAAGCAAGAGAGUUUGGAGAUGAAGAUAUGCUGUACCGUGAGGAAGAGAAGCGUCGCGCAUGGCAAUGGGAAAAUGCUCUACGCAAACACAACUUUGUCGGUUUCGUGGGUGAGUUGAUGAAGGGUGUCACUGCUGCAAAGAUUGCAGAUGAAUCCUACGAUGCUUGGAUUGAGGACUCGAAACAGAAGACGAAGAAGAAGUUGGAGGAGGGAAAGAAGAAGGGAUACAACCCUGAUGAGAUGGAGAUAUGA